UUAAAAAUUAUUAAUAAAAACACGGAGGUCAAUUUCAUUGCCUUCAAAUACCUUUCAUAUUUCUUGACAAGCUAACACAGAAAACGAUAAAAAUGGGAGGAUUAAUGGCAAAGUUAAAAGAUGCAUUAUCUGAGUUUACUGGAUCCAAUCCUGCCAGAGUACUUAUGUUAGGAUUAGAUGCAGCAGGUAAAACCACAAUUCUUUAUAAAAUUAAACUGAACGAAACCGUGGCAACUAUACCAACGAUAGGUUUCAAUGUUGAAACAGUAAAUCCAUGUAAAGGAGUUAGUUUUACUGUAUGGGAUGUGGGAGGACAGGACAGAAUCAGACCAUUAUGGAGACAUUACUUCCAGAACACUGAAGGUCUGUUGUACAUAAUUGAUAGUAACGAUAGAGAGAGGAUGGCAGAAGCUAGAGAAGAAUUGUAUGGAAUAUUACAGAAUGAUGAGAUGAGAAACGUACCACUGGUUGUCGUGGCUAAUAAGCAGGAUCUCCCUAAUGCACUUAGUCCAUCACAAGUAGCAGAAGGUUUACAUUUACACAAACUGACAGGACAUAAAUGGUUUAUACAUGGGUCAUGUGCAUCAACAGGAGAAGGCAUUUACGAAAGUUUAAAGGAAAUGGCACAUUUAGUGAAAGAACAUAAAAAAUCAUCAAAACGAUGAAAGAAAAAUAAUCAUGUUUGUUAUAGUUUCAUAGUUUAUUUCAAACCAAAAGCAAUACAGCUCAUUGGUAUGAGACCUAGGAAGGUUCCUCACGGACGAGCUAUUGGGUAGAUUAAAAACGUGAUUUAUCUACUUGUACGAAGGGGCUGAGGAUAUUAUUGUACUAAUUGCCAAUAUGAACAUUAAAGAGUUAAAGAAUGUUUAGCACCAGUUUCAAUCACACUAUUUUGUUUUACUUUUUUAAUUUUCAAAAUGUUGUUACAUUGUUGUUUAUACUUUUCAAUUAUUUCAUGUUAAAAUAAAAAAAAAUAAAAAACACAUGAUGAUUUAA